GUGAUCCAGGAACAGGAGCUUGCUGAGCAGACCGAGUCUGAGGGCAGGCGCGUUCCAAAGGAGGAAGGCGUGCUUGAGGUGGAUGCGAAGAUCUCUUUGGAGCGCGAGCGCAUCCUGCAGCAGGAAACCCUCAUCAAAAAGGUGAACGCUAAUCCGGGGUUCAUCUAUGACCAGGGCAUCACCCGCCUUAAGAACCGAGUGUACACCCGUUUGGACAAAGCGGGUAACCCACGCACGGGCUACAAAUCCGGCUUCGGUGACGUCCCGGCACUCCUCUACUCCAAUCAGGCACUGAUUGAUGCGGAGUUCCGGAGCGAAGACUUCAUCGACUUCCCCAUGCCGGGUCCAAAGGACAAGCGCGCUAAGAAGCCCUUUCUGAAGGACAUGAGCGACGAGGAGUAUGCCGAGGAUUUUCAGUUCGUUGCGGGUUGCUUCUCUGAGUUGUAUGGCGAGGAGUUGGUCAACUAUCUUCGCGUGAACCAGGACAACCACGAGCUGAGGAAGCGUUUUGUGCUCACUCUGGAGAAUGGCGACAACGUCUUUGACUGCAGCCUGCGCGAGCCCUUCAACUCCAAGCUCAUCAUUGAGAAGAUCAAGAAGAGAUGGAGUGAGUUGGAGGGAA